CUGUGUAUUUAUACAGAGGUAGACCUUCAUUUUGCUCACAGUUUUCACAAAGAAUUAUAACAGUAUUGUUUCUAAAAAUUUUGUUUUAUUAAGUUAUUAAUUUACAUUCGACAUCAUGAGAUUUUCAUUUUUAAUACUUUUGGUGGCAGUUGUUAUGAUACAAAACUGUUUGAGCGCUCACUGUCAUCACGAAGGUGAACAAAAUCAUCAAGAAAGUGUUGGUGAUCACACUGGCCAUAAUCACGAAGCUCACACAAGUCACGAAGGAGGUGACCAUACAGGCCAUAACCACGGAUCUCACACAAGUCACGAAGGAGGUGACCAUACAGGCCAUAACCACGAAGGAACCGAUCACUCAGGACAUGACCACACAACAGGUGAUCACACUGGCCAUAACCACCAAAAACAUCAACACCGUAAAUAAUAAUUGUUAAGCUAAGCACACAAAUGUAUAAUGAUAUGACAAUCAAAUACUAAAUUAAUAUUUCUUUAAAAUUAAUAUCAUUUUUCGAUAUGUAUUUUUAUUAUGAUAUAAUAUUCUCGUAUAAUAACUAUAAUAUUGUACAACAUUAUGAAAUAAAUUAAGAUUACUCAAUUUUAUAUUUAUUUAAUUAAUCGUGUAAUACAAAAUGUCUAAUUUCAACUAAUAAUAAUAUUGGUUAAUUAUGUAUUAGAUUACAGGAUACAAUAAUAAAUGUCAAUUAAAAUGACUGUCAUUAGAUUUCGAAUCAAUAUAAAUUGUAUGUUCACUAAAAAAAAACACGAGUUUGAAAUAAAUAUAUUAUAUAUACUAUAUAUAUAGUAUAUAUAGUGAGUACCUUA